AGUUGUAAAUUAUGAAAGAAAUUAAUUAUUUGAUCAGCUAAAAAUAUUAAGAUAAAUUAAAGAAGAAAAUUCAAUAAUAGGUAUGUCAAUAUUACUCACGUUAGGUUAUAUGUAUAUCGAAUGGCCAAAGAGAAACUAAUUUAUUAGCAAUAGUCCAACGAUCAAGCUAUAACCCUUUCAGACCCAGUGAUGCCAUAUGGAAUCAUAAUAUUUAGUAUUUUUUCUUAUUUUUAUGAUGAGCCCAAUGAUUCCAUAUGGAAUCAAUUCUUAUAAGAAAUUUUGUGUUCUAUCCAUUGGUAUCACUGUUUUAACGAUAAAGUGAUCAUUGAUAAUAUUAUUAUCAGUUGUUGUCAAAUUUUUUCAACCGUUACGACGGGAACUACUUUUAGAUUUAUUUCCUCAAUUUUCGUAAAUUUAUACUAUGGCUCUAAAUGAUGCUGAAAUAGAAAACCUCCUUAGAGGAGAUAUGUCUGAUAUAGAAGAUUUUAAUGAUGAUGAAGAUGAUCUCAAUGAAGAACAAAUUAUUAUUCAACAUAUUGCUGAAAUUACAGAGUUUAUAGAUUUGAAUAAUGCUGAAAUGGACAAUUUGGAAAGAGAACAAUGCCUCUUAGAUGGUGAAAUAUCUUUAACACAAGAUUUAUUAAACAAAAGUGACAAUACUGAAGAAGCUGAUGUUGAAAAAGAAAAUGAACAGUUACCAGCUAAUUGGGUUACAGGUUCUUGGGAAAACCAAAAAUACCCAUUUAAUUCUAUGAUGUCUGCUCCCCCUGUAGAACCACAUACUCCAUUGGAGUAUUUUAAACAAUUUUUUGACUCAAAAAUUGUAGAAAAUAUUGUUUAUCAAACUAAUUUGUAUUCUGUACAAAAAAAUGGCAGUAGUAUUAAUACAAAUUCAAAUGAAAUGGAACAGUUUUUUGGUAUGCAUAUGUGUAUGUCUGUCAUUAAAAUGCCUGCUUACAGAAUGUAUUGGGCACAGUAUACAAAAUAUUCUAUGAUUAGUGACACAAUGUCACGUAAUCGAUUCACUGCUUUACGUACACAUGUACAUUUUAAUGACAACACUAAUUGUUUUCCAUCUACAGAUAUUAGACAUGACAAACUUUUUAAAAUUCGGCCAUUUAUUGAUGCUAUACAACAUAAUUUUAAAUUAAUAGAACCUGAAGAACAUUUGGCAAUAGAUGAAAUUAUUAUACCUUUUAAAGGUAGAAGUUCUAUGAAGCAAUACAACAAGUCAAAACCGCAUAAAUGGGGCAUCAAAAUGUUUGCUUUGGCUUCAAAAUCAGGUAUAGUACAUGAUUUUGAAAUUUAUGUUGGAAAAGGGACAGUGAAGUCAAGUACUAAUCUUGGGCUAAGUGGAGAUAUUGUGAUUCGUUUAUCUGAAAUAAUACCUAAGAACAAGAACUUCAAGCUGAGUUUUGACAAUUGGUUUACUUCAUACAAUUUGAUAGUAAGUUUAAAAAAUCAUGGAAUUUUAGGUGUUGGAACUGUUAGAUCGAACAGGUUAUCAGGGUGUCAGUUUGAAAAUGAUAAAAACCUCAAAAAGUCAGGAAGAGGAUCUUAUGACACAAAAAUCGAUACCACAAAUGCAAUUGUUGCAUGUAAAUGGUUUGACAAUAAAACUGUGCAUUUAGUUUCAAACUACAUUGGUCCAGAACCUCUUGAUCAGGUUCAACGUUGGUCAAUGGCAGAUAAGUCAAGAAUACCAAUUGAAAGACCAGCUAUAGUCAAAGAGUAUAACUCUUUUAUGGGUGCUAUUGAUUUGCAUGAUAUGCUGGUUGAGAUUUAUCGAACAGAUAUUAAAUGUAAGAGGUAUUACAUUAGAAUUAUUUUUCAUAUUAUAGAUAUGUGUAUAGUGAACAGCUGGCUUAUGUAUAAACGUCAUUGCAAACAGUUGAAUAUAAUAAAGCAUGAUUCUUUACUAAUAUUCAAGAUGAAUAUUGCAUUAGGUCUACUGAAGGCUGGAAAAGACAAAAUAAACACAAGAAAAUCUUCUUUGACACCACCGAGUAAGAACAGAUACAAGAGAUCAAAUGCACCAGUUCCAGAUGUGAGAUUUGAUGGUUAUCAACAUUGGCCUGAACUAUCUGAUGACAAAAAAAGAUGUAAAUUUUGUGUUCAACCAUACUCCAGAACAAAAUGUUCAAAAUGCAAUGUGGCUUUAUGCUUUAAUUCUAGUCGGAAUUGUUUCAAAAGUUACCAUGAGAAAUAAGUUUCUAUUACUAUUGAUUGAUAUUGUUAUUUUUAUUAUUAUUUAUAAUUUAUAUACAACAAGUUACUAUUUUAAUUGAUAUUGUUAUUUUUAUUAUUAUUUAUAUACAACAAGUUACUAUUUUAAUGUGAUAAAUUGUUAAAAAUGUGAUGUUUUAAUAUUUUGUAAGAAAUAAAGUUAUUUUUUGAAAAGUUUAAAAUGAGUACCCCUAUGUUCCCAAUGAUGCCACAUGGCAUCAGGUCUGGAAAACUUUGAGCUUUUCAUGAAAAUCAAAAAAAAAAAAUUUUUUUUUCUUAUU